AUGGUCGGAGUUGCUAACGGCACAUCUUUGCCCGUUACCGUCGUCCAAGGCAGAGGCAUUGAGACGGCGCCGUUGGAGACUGUCAAUUACGAGCGUCUCACCAAAAAUGACUCUUUAGAGAUUCAGAAACUCUUUAGGGUCGCCCAGUCCCCGGGAUUCUUCUAUCUCGAUCUUCAGCGUGGGACUCCACAGGAUGGGUACCUGACGGAUCUCAAGGGCUUGUACAAGCUCGGCGAAUCAUAUUAUUCGCAAUCCAAGGAAGUCAAGAUGAAGGACUUUCGAAAAGAUCAAGACAGAGGAUACAAAUCCGAUAUUGACGCGGAGACUUUCGAGAUUGCCCGCGAAGAAGCUUUCAAUACCAGCUCUGCCAGCUUUCCAGCCAGCAUGCGGUCCCAUUCAGGGCUCAUCAAAGACUUCAUCUCAUCCUCGCAUACCAUCACCAUGACCAUGCUCUCUCAUCUUUCCGACAGCAUGGGGCUCGAAGGCGACGCACGGUUCGAGCACCGUCAUCGCGAUGGUCAAUCGAGCGACUGCGCCCUGAAGAUGGAGUCGGCGCCCAUGUGGGACCGUCUCGAGGACAUUCCCCCGUCUGAGCAUACCGACAUGGGCACGCUAACUCUGCUCUUCUGCGACGAUUACACGACUCAGCUCCGCAUCCCCGGCACAGAGGACACGUGGGCCUUUAUCAAUCCCAAGCCCGGCCAUGCCAUUGUCAACGUGGCAGACUCCUUGCAGGCCAUGUCCGACAAAAAGCUCUUGUCCUGCUUGCAUCGUGUCAGUCAGCCUGUGCCUGGCGCAAAGAAUCGUUUCUGCGUGCUGUACUAUCUUCGUCCAGAGCAUGCCUGGUUGAACCAGAGAAAGGAGGAGAGUAACUGA